CUUCAACGGUUAAGGAUGCUAGAUGCAACAGAUUGUACAGGACUUGAAGAAAUUCCUUAUGGUAUCUUAUCCAACUUAAGGAGAUUAGAAGAGUUGUACAUGGCAGAAAGCUUUCUUAAUUGGGGGCUAGCAACAGGAAGCAAGGAUGAAACGAGUAUGGCAAGCCUUAAUGAGGUGAUGUCUCUGUCUGAUCAUUUAAAUGUUGUAGCCAUAAAAAUCCCUGAUGUUCAGAUGUUGCGAAAUAAUGAGUUUCUUUUAAAAAGUGACCGUACAAGAUUUCAUGUAUCUAUCAAUAUUAGUUGGUCAUACAAAAAAAAGAGUUUCAAGAAUCAAAUGCUUGGUUAUCUGUUCGAAAAUAAUUUGAUGCUUCGUGGUGAUGUAAAGGAAUAUUUGAAGAUUAGAGCAGUUAGAGACUUCUUGAAGCAAUGUGAAGACUUAAGCCUACGCCACACGUACAAUUUAAAGUAUGUCAUCGAGGAGUUAGAUGAUCAAGGAGGCUUUCAACACUUGAAGGUUUUAUCAAUCUGGAAUGACGACAACAUAGAGUAUCUUAUGAAUGGAGCAGAUUGGACUCGUCGUGGUCAACCUGCGUUCCCCAUCUUAAAGUCAGCUACCUUCGUGAAAGUUAACAAACUAAAAUUUGUGAUUCGUGGCAAACUGCCAGACAAGCACUCCUUUAUGAACCUAAGAUCCAUUGCAAUUCACAGUUGUGAUGAUUUAAAAUAUGUCUUUUCACUAUCCGUAGCACAAAACUUGGUACAACUCCAAAGCUUAGAGGUUGACGGUGCUAAAGUGGAAGUGAUCAUAUCAAAGGAGAGAAUGGAAGAUGAUAAUGCAUCUCACAUCAUAACUUUCCGUAGAUUAACUGUUUUGAAGCUUUUAUGUCUACAAGAACUCCGUGGUUUCUACACGGGAAACCAACAGGACUCCACCUACGAGAUUAUAAAGCCCAAUGAUGAAGGUGUGAACAAGAUGAAAGAGACUGGGAAUGACAAUCAAGUUGCUGGGUCGACCUCAUCUAAAUCAAAAGUAGCACAAGUGGCAGAAAGUUGUAAUGCACAAUUUCCUUCGAAUUGCAUUUCAUGGUUACCAAAUCUAGAGAAACUAGAAUUAAUAUUUUUAAGAUGGGGGCAAGGGUUAGAAGAAAACAAUGAACCAGUAGUCAAUGUGAUAUUUGAUUUAGAAGGGCACGACUCGGCAUUUUCUCAAUUACAAACAUUCCAAGUGUUGUCUUUAUAUGGAGUUGAACAUUUGUGGAAGAACGUUCAACCUGGAUUCCAAGGUUUUCAAAAUGUAAGAUCUCUAUAUAUUCAAGACUGUGAGAGUCUAAAAUAUCUAUGCCCUUAUGAAAUUUACAAGCUCCUUGUGAAUCUCGAAGUAGUCCAAAUAGAGGAAUGUGAGAAUAUGGAAACUCUAGUGAAGAAGGACAAUAUCCAUGAAGAAGGGAAAGAGACAGGUGGCAGUGGCUCGAUGACUUUGUUUCCCAAACUAAUUAAUAACAUCAUACUAGACAACUUGCCAAACCUCGAGAGAUUUUGCCCUGAUGCCCAUUCUUUUGCAUGGUCCUCCUCCACGAGAGUUCUGCGUGUGGAAUUUUGCCCCAAAUUAAAGACAUUGGGUUUUGAACUAGUAAGCAAAAAUCUACCUGCAGCAGUUGCAGAGAAUUUGAGUGAUGAUCAUGUAAGAGGUAGAGAAGAAUUAGGAUCUGACUGCGCAUCAUCAACUGGAUCUGGAUUUGGAUUUGGAUGUGCGCCACUAGUCUGCUUACAAAGUCGUCCAUCUACUCGCAACUUUACUCAAAUAUUGCCCCGCCCUGUAAAUAGAGAGGUAACGCCGACAAAUCUUCAAACCUCAAGCGCUACCCACAAUCUAGAAGAUCUCCUUGUACACAAGUGCGAUUUAUUGGAAGUGAUAUUUUUGGUUCAGGAAACCCCUUCUACUCAAGCAUUUGAUAAGCUGAGGGAGUUGAGGUUGUUGCAUUUACCAAUGCUGAGCCACAUAUGGGAAAAGGGUUUACAAGUUAGCUCAGGCUUUGGAAACCUGAGAUUCCUACACGUAUAUCAAUGUGACAAUUUGAGAUACUUGUUUUCACCGUGUAUAGCCAAACUUCUUACCUGCCUUGAGACAGUGAGCGUUUUCCGUUGUAGUGCGAUGGAGAAAAUUGUUGGAGAGGCAGAAGGAGGAGGAGAAAGUAUUGAGGAUGAAUUGACAUUUCCGCACGUGAAUUCCAUCGAACUUGAGGAUUUACCCAAACUUGAAUCUUUUUGCUCUCAAGCUUAUACUUUGAAGUGGCCAGCCUUGGAGAAAGUCAAAGUUUAUGAGUGUCCAAAAUUAAAAGCGUUUGCUCCUGAGUCUCUAUAUGCAUAAGCAGCCGACAUGUGUCUAUGAAGCGUCCACGUGGAGAGAAAAAAAGAAUUUCAUGAGAAGCCAAGAAGCUGGGGACAAGACUACAUGAUAUGUUGCGGUGCACAUCUACAAUAUACCAUGACAUAUCAACUUCGUUCUUAUCAGAUACCGUCGCUUUCAUCACUGAUUAUGCAUGUUCCAUGUUAAUGUUCUUCAAAUCCUGCCAUUGCAUCAUAACAUCACAUAAUUUAGUUAUUAUAUUUGCUCUUUAGUUGUAUUGAAUAAAAUGGAUAUAUUUGGACCUUCCUUAUCAGAUGUAAUUACAAUAUUGAAUCUUGGUAUUUGAAUUAUGAACAUGAUAAUUAUUGUUUAAUUUGGACCAAGUGGAUGUAUAAACCAAAGUUCUUAAUAGAAAGAUCCGUGUAAUA